AUGACUGACGAGUCAGUGGGCACGAUAAAGGUGAAAUUUAAUGGCCAGCUUCUUCAAUUGGAUGGCUUUUCAAGGGAAUCGCCUAUCAAGUGUCUCAAGGAAAAACUUUAUCAGCUGACCAAUGUUCCGCCAAAAAACCAAAAACUUCUUGGCUUGGUUGUUGAGAAGGGUCAGACACUCUCUGAUGAGCUUCCUCUCAAGCAUCUGAUCCUUAAGCCAACAACCAAGCUGAUGUUGAUGGGUAGCACAGAUGAGGAGAGAAACAAAGUCAUUGAGCUGUCAAAUGCUGAGCCUCCAGACGUUAUCGAUGAUUACGAUUUUACAGAAGAGGAUUUGGCAGUGUUUAUGAGGCCAGAGAAUCUGGAAAAACUGGCUAAGCGGUGUAAUACGUACAAAUUUGUUAAAAUAGCUGAAUUCAGGCCCGGUAAACGUCUCCUCGUCCUUGACAUUGAUUACACGAUUUUCGAUCACCUAACGCCUGCUGAAUCUGUGAAACACUUGAUGCGACCAUAUCUUAUACCUUUCCUCACGAGAGCCUAUGAAUUCUAUGACAUAGCCAUUUGGUCGGCCACCAGUAUGACGUGGAUUCUUGCCAAAAUCAGUCAAAUGGAACUAAUAUCACAAACUAUUGUAAACAGGGUUCGACAAAGACGGGUUGAUGUUGACAAUGAGGACUCAAACUCUGUUCCUAAUCUGGGUGCAGAUCUUGAUGAUACUGAUCGGCCCUUUAAAAUUUGUUUACUGAUUGAUUCUGGAGCUAUGAUUACUGUUAACCUCCCCAAUCAUGGCGUCAAAGGGGUUAAACCUCUAGCAGUAAUAUGGCGGAAGUUCCCUCAAUUCGGUCCACAUAACACUAUCAUGUUUGACGAUGUUCGCCGUAAUUUCGCCAUGAAUCCCGGUUCUGGUCUCCGAAUUCAUUCGUACCGAGACGCAAACGUCAACUAUGCGGAGGAUAAAGAGUUGAUGCACCUCGCGGACUACCUUGAGUUGAUCGCGCGGCGUGAAACGGACUUCCAACGACUGAACCACGAUAAGUGGAGUCACUAUGUAGGGAAGCAUCAGCGCUACCUCUCCAAUCACCAGAAACGAUCCUCAGAUGAGGCUACUGAGGAGAAUUGCGAGGGCCAGGACCAGAAGCGUCCCUCCUUGUCUUGA